UCAAAGUUGCAACUUGCAAGCUCUUGUCCUAGGAAGACAAGUCCCUACUAUAAUCCUAAAACCAAAAAAGACACGUCUAUGGAGAAAAACAAAGGUCCUAGAUUGUUGCUUAUGCCUUUACCACUACAAGGACACAUAAACCCAAUGCUUCAACUUGCACAAAUCCUUCACUCAAAUGGUUUUUCCAUCACAAUCAUUCACACAACUUUCAACUCACUUAACCCUUCAAAUUAUCCUCACUUCAACUUCUGUAUCAUUCAAGAUGGUAUAUUAAAAACUGAAUCAUUUUCUUCAAAUCUCUUAAUAGAAUUCAACACUAGAUGUGUAAAGCCUUUUAAAGAAUGCUUAGGAAAACUACUCUCAGAGGGACCUAUUGCUUGCUUGAUAUCAGAUCCUAUGUGUUAUUUCACUCAUGAUGUUGCUACAAGCUUUAAACUUCCAAGGCUUGUUUUGAGAACUGGUGGUGCAUCUUCUUUUGUUGCUUAUGCUGCUUUUCCAGAUUUAAGAGAAAAAGGGUAUAUCCCUAUACAAGAAUCUAAAUUGGAAGAUGAAGUGACAGAGCUACCACCAUUGAGAGUAAAAGACUUACCUAUGAUCAACACAAAGGAACCAGAUAAGUAUUACGAAAUAAUAUGCAAUUCCGUCAACAAAACAAAAGCCUCAUUAGGAGUGAUAUGGAACACUUUUGAAGACUUGGAAUCAUCAUCACUUGCAACAAUAAACCAACAAUUUUCAGUUCCAAUAUUCCCAAUAGGCCCUUUUCACAAGCACUUUCCUACUAAUAAUACCUCUUCUUCUAGCAGCUUAAUACCACAAGACCAAAAUUGCAUUUCAUGGCUAAACAAACACAAGCCAAAAUCUGUUAUCUAUGUGAGUUUUGGAAGUGUGGCUUCAAUAACUGAGGAAGAGUUUUUGGAGGUAGCUUGCGGCUUAGUCAACAGCCCCUACCCGUUUUUGUGGGUGGUACGACCGGGACUAAUCCGCGGCUACGAGUGGCUCGAGUCAUUGCCGAGUGGAUUCGUGGAGAAGUUAGAAGGUAGAGGCAUUAUAGUGAAAUGGGCACCACAACAAGAAAUUCUAGCUCAUGAAGCUAUUGGUUUGUUUUGGACACAUAAUGGUUGGAAUUCAAUAUUGGAGAGUAUUUGUGAAGGAGUUCCUAUGAUAUGCAUGCCUUGUUUUACUGACCAAAAGGUAAAUGCUAGGUAUGCGAGUCAUGUUUGGAAGGUUGGAUUGCAAUUAGAGAAUGGAAUGGAGAGAGGUGAAAUUGAGAGGACUAUUAGAAAAUUGAUGGAAGGAGAUAUCGAAGGGAAUGAGAUUAGAGAUAGAGCUUUGAAAUUGAAGGAAGAAGCUAAGGUUUGUUUGGAACUAGGUGGUUCUUCUUACUCUUCUUUAGAAAGAUUGGUUGCUCACAUUUUGUCGGGUCCAGUUACCGUGCAUAGAUAAAAAACUAUGCACCAUGCAUAGAUUAUUCUGGACCCUUGGAUUAAAUUCUAGACAUCAAUUGUUAUUACUCAAUACUCAAUAUUCACCACUCAAUACUCAAUACUCAAUACUCAAUACUCAAUACUCAAUAUUGGAUUAAAAACAUAAUCCAAUGACUUAUGUAGGCUUAUGCAUGGUGCAUAAGUAAAUCCUUAUGCAUAUUAGCCAAAGCCCGUUUUGUCAUUGGAGUUAUUUGAUUUUGAAGCUUCAUAGUUUGGGUAGCCAAUUUUCUUUGGAAGGGUUUUCAUCAUUUGAAAACCAAAUCUUUCUCGGAACUUCAUGUUUUAUUUCUUCAUCUUUGUUGUCUCAAUUCUACUAUAAUGAGUUGUUAAUUUCCUUUUGAUUAGAUUUUAAGAGAUGAACAUUGGUUUG